UCUGACCCGUGCCGCCGCUCUGCUGGCGGCCAUGAAGCGGCAGAAUGUGCGGACUCUGUCCCUCAUCAUCUGCACCUUCACCUACCUGCUGGUGGGCGCCGCGGUCUUCGAUGCCCUCGAGUCGGACCAUGAGAUGCGCGAGGAGGAGAAACUCAAGGCUGAGGAGACCCGGAUCCGGGGCAAGUACAACAUCAGCACCGAGGACUACCGGCAGCUCGAGCUGGUGAUCCUGCAGUCCGAGCCGCACCGAGCCGGUGUCCAGUGGAAAUUCGCCGGAUCCUUCUACUUUGCCAUCACGGUCAUCACCACCAUCGGUUACGGACAUGCUGCCCCUGGCACUGACGCAGGCAAGGCCUUCUGCAUGUUCUAUGCCGUGCUGGGCAUCCCGCUGACGCUGGUCAUGUUCCAGAGCCUGGGCGAGCGCAUGAACACCUUCGUGCGCUACCUGCUGAAGCGCAUUAAGAAGUGCUGCGGCAUGCGCAACACCGAGGUGUCCAUGGAGAACAUGGUGACCGUCGGCUUCUUCUCCUGCAUGGGCACGCUGUGCAUCGGGGCCGCCGCCUUCUCCCAGUGCGAGGAGUGGAGCUUCUUCCACGCCUACUACUACUGCUUUAUCACCUUGACCACCAUCGGGUUCGGGGACUACGUAGCCCUGCAGAGCAAGGGGGCUCUGCAGAGAAAGCCGCUCUACGUGGCCUUCAGCUUCAUGUACAUCCUGGUGGGGCUGACGGUCAUCGGGGCUUUCCUCAACCUGGUGGUUCUCCGCUUCUUGACCAUGAAUGGCGAUGAAGAGGAGCAGGACCUUGAAGGCAGAGCAGCCCUACCCGAGGGAAAUGGAGAGCGCCCCGGCGGCCGUGGCCGCAGGGAGCGACGGUCGGCCAGGUCCAGGUACAAGGCGAACAUCGCAGAUCUGCUGUCUGUGUGCACCUGCUCGUGCUACCGCCCGCGGGAUGCUGGUGGUGACCCCCCUGAGGAGGUGGAGGUGCCGCAGAACUCCAACAGUGCCAAGCCCCCCAAUUCCUUACAACCCAUCUCUUUCCAGAUGGAGGAGAUCUCUCCAAGCACAUUAAAACACGGCCUCUUUCCAUCCCCCAUUAGCUCCGUCUCUCCCGGGCUGCACAGCUUUAACGACCACAACAGGCUGAUGAGACGCCGCAAGUCUAUUUAG